AUGGAAAUAUUUCAGGAAGACGCAAAUAAAACUAUAACCAGAAAUGACUUGAAGCUGGAAUAUACAAUUAAUGCAGCAAGACUAGAUGACUUAUGCUUUGAGAUUUUGGAAAUAUUAUUUCAAGAAAAAGAAAACCUUCAGUUAAAGAAUAGAUUGCUGGACAGGUUUAGACAGAUUAAUUUUUUUAUUUUAGAAAUAAUUGAUCCUGUAUACCGCAGUGUAUUUGGUCUAGAUAGAAAACCCGAUAUAACCCGAGAUAUACCAUUAAACCAUUCUCAGGAGGAAUUAUUGAAGAUAAGGAAGGCGUCCAUUGAUCUAAUCGUACUGAUUGAAGCAAUUAAGGUGAGGUUGUCGAAUGAGCUUGUAAUUCCGGAAAACCCGAUCAUCCGAGAGGUGCAAAAAUAUAUCUCGCAAGAUUCAAUAAAAGGUGGUGAUUUUGAGCUUGUAAGUGAGCUUAAAAGGAUGAUUAUCCAGGCAUUUGCAGGGUGCUACACGGAAAAUGCAUCUUCCAUGCCCCAUAUAAGACUUCCAAAUGAGCUUGAGCAAGAAAUCCUGAUAAACCAGAAAUUGCACAAAGAGGAAGAUUUCUUGGUCCCAGCAGGCCCCAAAGAAAGUAUGCAAUUCAGAAUGCCCAGUGCAAUACAAAUACCGUCUUCACACACCCUGAGAGACCAUAUUUCAAUGGUUUCCAGUGAAAAUAUUCAUGAAGCUGAAAUAAAACAUAGCCCUUAUAUACCCAGAACCAGCUGUAUAUACAGAAAUCUAGACUCAUUCUCAGAAGAUUCAUCAGCAGAUGAAUACGAAUGCACUUCCAUAAAAAUCAAAGAAGUCCCAGUUAAACCCACAUACAGUGACGUAAUUCAAAAUAUACGCAGAAAGGCAAUGGAAAUUGAAUACGAAACAAAAGCACGCCCCAGGAAUAUCCAAAAGACAGGAAGUGGGUCAGAGGUGUCAGAUAGCCCGUUAGAUGAACAGACUAAUAGCCCAUUGAGUGAACAUACUAAUAGCCCGUCGAGUGAGGAGACUAAUAGCCCGCUGAGUGAGGAGACUAAUAGCCCGCUGAGUGAGGAGACUAAUAGCCCGUUGAGUGAGGUGUCAGAUAGCCCGUUAAGUGAGGGAACUAACUCUCCUGUAUACAACCAGACUAACUCUCCUGUAUAUGAAAGGACUAACUCCCCUGUAUACAAUGUGACUAGUACUCCACUUACUACCCCCGUGUAUGAGGUGACUAAUUCAAGUGAUUCCAACAGGAAUGUGUCACCAGUAUAUAUUCCUGUAUAUGAGGAGACUAAGACCCCCGUAUACGAACAGACUAAUCCAAUAAUUAGUCCAGAUUAUAUACAGGAUACUAUUAAGUGCCCUGGUCCCUUUAUGAAUGAAUAUAAAAAUACAUUAUUCUAUGGGAAUACUUUAGUAGCACCCAGAAAGGGUAAACCGUCAGAAUACUCCAUCUUAGUAAAGAAGAAGAAAGAGAUGACCCGUCAGGGAAAAUGCUAUAAAAAUAUAUUAUUUGUACUGAUUAUAUUAUGUAUAAUUAGUGUGUUAUGUAUAGGUUAUAUUUAUAAGGAUAUCUUAUUUGAAUAUACAGAAUAUAUUAGGGUAUACAACUAA